AUGCAAAAACGCCUCAUGCAGGAACUCAAGCUGUUGGACAAGUGUACUUCCAUCAAAGACGGGGUCUUCGAGGUGUCUCUUGUCAAUGACAACCUCUUUGAGUGGGAUGUCAUGUUACACAAGUUUGACCCUGACACGCUCAUUGCUCACGACCUUGAGAUGAUGCGACGUAGCCAUGGCGUUGGCAGCAUUUGGCUAAGAAUCAGUUUUCCGCAAAAUUUCCCCUUUGUUCCACCGUUUGUGCGAGUGCUCGCACCCGUGGUGCACGGCGGCUUCGUUCUCUCGGGAGGAGCGGUGUGCAUGGAGUUGUUGACGCCCGACGGUUGGUCUCAAGCCUAUCGUAUGGAGAGCGUGAUUUUGCAGACCAUGUCCACCAUCGGCAAGGGCCAGGCUCGGAUUGUGCGUCAAGUCCGACGGCCCCUUACUGACGAGGAAGCCAAGCGCAGCUACGACCACUUGGUCCGCGUGCACAAAAAGCAUGGCUGGCAUACACCACAGCCCGGGGAUGGAUGA